GCAUCGGCAUCACCACCUCAGUCUUCAAUGGCAGCUCGCUCGCCGUCGUCUCGAGGGCAUGACAGCACAGCAAAGGCCUAGUGGCCGCCGCGGGCCGUCAAUGCAAUGGAGCAGGCUCAAGCCGGGCCCGUCGGACCCGCUGGAAGCGUACGGGCUGCCGUCCAAGGGAGAGACCAGACUCAAUGACUUCCGCACCCAAGAAACCUACUACAACAAGAUCGUCGAGCGGUACAUGAAGUUCUGCGCCGCGUCGGGCGGCGGCGACAAGCUCGACGCGCAGUUCGCAGCCAUGUCCCUCGCCGCGCCAGCUGCCUCAAACGAGAAGCCGGCGCCCGCAAAGCCCAAAGCGGCGACUGGACUUGCGGCCUCGAAGUACGCGACGACGACGACGCCAGCAGCAUCAGCGUCAGCACCAGCAUCACAGCCCGCGCCCUCGUCUUCCACCUCCGCAUCGGCCUCGGCCAAGCCUGCGUCCGCCGAGCUCGCGACCAUACUCGCCGCGAUGCGCAAGCUGCGCGAGGCCAUCACCGCAUCCCACCGCACCGACCGCUUCGCGCAGCGCGCGUACAUCUUCCUCAUCCACGCCGCAAUCCUGACCAAAGCGUGGGAGGCGUACCUGCCGGCGCUGCUGUACCUGCUGCAGGACAUACACGGGCGCACGCCCAUGGCCAGCUCAGAGUUCAACGAGUUUGCGGGCUACCACAUCCUCGACCUCGCGUGUCGGCAGGGCGACCUGGCUGCGGCGUUUGAGCGCAAGAGCAAGGUCGGCUAUGGCUUUGUGGAUCCGACGGGCCGCGUGGAGCGCUUGUUGAGGGCCCUAGUGCUGGAUGAUUGGGUCGGGUUUUGGCGCGUCGAGAGGCUGGUCGAUGGCUAUCAGAAGCGCAUUAUGGAGUUUAAGGAGGAGGACGUGCGGCUGCAUGCCUUGAAGUGUAUUGGGCGGAGCUAUCUUGGUGCCGAGAAAUCGUUUGUGGAGAGGAGUGCGGGCACGGACUGGGACGAGCUUGUUAAGAGCGGUGUUGGUUGGGAGUUGACAGAGGGGAAUAGGAUCGUCAUUCGGAGACCGAAGGCCAAGUAAGUCAUUGGGGGCCACUUUGCUGGCUAGGCCGUUGCCAUGUGCGCGAGAGAGGACCGAUACGCCAGAGAGUAGUCUUGGGCUGGCUGGUGAUAAGGUCUGUAUGGUAUCGCUUUUGUUGGUCAUGCAGCAAGGAGAGCCAACCAACCUUCCCGUUUCACAAGAAAGAUGGACUAAACGUGAGCAUGCAAACAGAAUAGAGACUAGAUCAGCGAUGCACAUUGAUACCCGACGCUUGUAUACAGAGCGCAGAUGAGAAUGCUAUUCGAUCAUCAACAUAGGGUCAACAUAACCAUCCUUGUUAACAUACAGCACCUUAAAAAAGAGUAAGAAUUGAACCC